CUCUAUCUUCCAUACAUCUUCGCAUCUGCCUCUGCCCUUUGCAUCCAAACCCAGGGAAUUCCCUCUUUCCUCAUUGCUCGUUUUCUUUUUAUCCAUGGCAGACACCAAAACCCACGGCUUUGUUUUAUCCGGAAAGAAGCGCGCAGGAGCUGAUGAUUUCGACGGAGACGAUUAUUUCGUGGCCAAGAAAUCAUUGUUGCCACCUCUAGCACCGUCGUGGGAGGACCCCGCCGCCGCAUUAGCCAACGCCCGCCAUGAGUUCGGUGAGCAUGGCGGUGUGAAUAUGUCAAUUGAGGCCUCCGCCACCUUCACCGUCAUGGAGCCCGAGACUAUGCGCCGCAUGUUCUCUGGCGAACUCGGCCCCGAUCGUGACUUCUUUAUCUACAGCCGUCACUUCAACCCCACCGUCUUGAAUCUCGGUCGCCAGAUGGCGGCUUUGGAAGGAACGGAGGCGGCCUAUUGCACUUCUAGCGGCAUGUCCGCCAUUUCCUCUGUGCUGUUGCAACUCUGCAGCAGCGGCGGACACGUGGUGGCAUCGCAGAAGCUCUACGGUGGCACCCACGCACUCCUGACCCAUUUCUUGCGCCGAGCCUGCAACAUUACGACGUCGUUUGUGGACAUAACCGAUCACGCGGCGGUCAAGAAUGCCAUGGUGGAAGGCAAGACCAACGUGCUGUACUUCGAGGCCAUCUCGAAUCCGACCCUCACCGUCGCCGAUAUUCCGGCGCUAAGCAGGAUGGCACACGAUAAAGGUGUCAACGUGGUGGUUGAUAACACUUUCGCACCGAUGGUUCUGUCCCCUGCCCGGCUCGGCGCCGACGUGGUGGUACAUAGUAUCUCCAAGUUCAUUAGUGGUGGGGCCGACAUUAUUGCAGGUGCUGUCUGUGGGCCAGCUAGCCUGGUGAAUUCCAUGAUGGACCUUCACCAAGGGACACUGAUGCUCUUAGGACCAACCAUGAAUGCCAAGGUUGCUUUUGAACUGUCUGAAAGAAUUCCUCACUUGGGCCUGAGAAUGAAGGAGCAUUGCCGCAGAGCAUUGGAGUAUGCCACCAGGAUGAAGAAACUAGGACUCAAGGUUAUUUAUCCAGGCCUCGAGGACCAUCCACAGCACGAACUCGUCAAAUCCAUGGCCAACAAGGACUAUGGGUUUGGAGGAAUUCUCUCUGUCGACUUAGGAACAGAAGAAAAGGCCAACAGGCUGAUGAACCACCUCCAAAAUUCCACCCAAUUUGGAUUCAUGGCAGUUAGUCUGGGUUAUUAUGAGACUUUGAUGUCUUGUUCUGGCAGCAGCACUAGUAGCGAACUGAGCGCGGAGGAGCAGGAACUAGCUGGAAUCUCUCCUGGUCUGGUGAGGAUGUCAGUUGGGUACAUCGGAACAUUGGAGCAGAGAUGGAGCCAAUUUGAGAAGGCGUUAUCUAGGAUGCAGGAUUCAAGUUUAUUUAAAUAAACAAGUUUACUGUUUGUUUACCGUGAUAUAAAUAAAGGGAGGGAUCCUUGCGUGUUGUUUUUGCUGAAGUUGUUAAUGGUUAAUCUUUUGAACAGUGUAAUGUUUUUCUGUUUGUUUGCAAGAACAAUAUUCUGAUCUGAGGCUGAAAUUAAGGUUAAGCCUACGA